CUUGUUUGUGCGUAAAAAGAAUUCCUGAUCACCUGUUGUCGCCCCCUUUGACUUGGACUCAUUUUGCGCCCUCUGAUCUCUAUUUAACUUCCUAAGUAGCUGUGCUUUUUCUCUCACAGCUUCUGGCUUGUUCUUCUCUCUCACUCUGAUUCAACCAUCUCAUCAGACACAGACGCCAGAGAGUAUACUGAUAAUUAACAAACAUGGCCGGAGUUAAUCAGUACCAGACGAACAGCAUGUACAUAGAAACCCCAGAAGGAUUUGGCGAUGCAAGUAAGAAUAACAUGCUGGACGAUGACGGAAGAACCAAAAGAACAGGGACGUGGGUGACGGCGAGUGCUCACAUAAUAACGGCGGUGAUAGGGUCGGGAGUGCUGUCGCUGGCGUGGGCGAUAGCGCAGAUGGGAUGGGUGGCGGGGCCGGCGGUGCUGAUGGCAUUCUCAUUCAUAACAUAUUUCACUUCCACUCUCCUCGCCGACUGUUAUCGCUCCCCUGAUCCUGUUCAUGGCAAGCGUAACUACACCUAUUCCAUGGUUGUUCGCUCUGCCCUAGGAGGGAGGAAGUUUCAGCUAUGUGGAUUGGCUCAAUAUAUAAAUCUAGUAGGUGUGACCAUCGGCUACACAAUAACUGCCUCAAUUAGUAUCGUGGCGGUGAAAAGGUCAAACUGUUUCCACAAGCACGGACACCAAGACAAGUGCAACAUAUCAAACUAUCCAUAUAUGAUAAUAUUUGCAUGCAUCCAAACAGUUCUUAGCCAAAUCCCAAACUUCCACAAGCUUUCAUGGCUCUCCAUUCUUGCUGCUAUCAUGUCUUUUGCUUAUUCUUCCAUUGGCCUUGGACUCUCCAUAGCUAAAAUCGCAGAGGGCAACCAUGUGCAAACAUCCUUAACAGGAGUGCAAGUUGGUGUUGACGUGUCGGCAUCUGAGAAGGUCUGGAGAACCUUCCAAGCCAUUGGUGAUAUUGCCUUCGCUUAUGCUUUUUCUAAUGUCCUCAUCGAAAUUCAGGACACCCUGAAAUCAAGCCCUCCAGAGAACAGAGUGAUGAAGAGAGCAAGUUUGAUUGGCAUUAUGACCACUACCCUGUUCUACGUCCUAUGUGGAUGCCUAGGUUAUGCAGCUUUCGGAAAUGAUGCCCCUGGAAAUUUCCUCACAGGAUUUGGCUUCUACGAGCCCUUUUGGCUCAUCGACUUUGCCAACGUCUGCAUAGCCGUUCAUUUGAUUGGAGCAUAUCAGGUAUUCUGUCAGCCCAUAUUCGGCUUCGUAGAGAACUUGAGCAAAGAAAAGUGGUCCGAGAGCAAAUUUAUAACAGGGGAGCACGCAGUGAAGAUUCCUCUAUGUGAAGGAACAUAUUACCUGAACUUCUUCAGGCUCGUGUGGAGGACUGCAUAUGUUAUUGUGACAGCCGUGAUAGCUAUGAUAUUCCCAUUCUUCAAUGACUUCUUGGGUCUCAUUGGCUCACUCUCCUUCUGGCCUUUGACCGUUUAUUUCCCCAUAGAGAUGUACAUUAAGCAGUCCAAAAUACAAAGGGGCUCCUUCACAUGGACUUGGCUCAAGAUAUUGAGUUGGGUCUGCUUGGUCGUUUCCAUCAUUUCUGCUGCUGGAUCCAUCCAAGGCCUUGCUCAAGAUCUCAAGAAGUAUCAGCCCUUCAAAGCUCAACAAUAAUCAUGGCUCGUUAAGCUAGAUCCCUGUGACAUUGUCUUCAAUACUCUCUCACUUUCUUUUUCUUUCUCUUUGAAAUUAAAAAUAAACUGCAACCAAGUCCACGGAUAAUGUAGGGUUAUCGACUGCUCAUGGGAAGGAACAACAAACCUAGGGUAGAGCGUGCAGUGAAAACUAACCCCAAGAUGGUUAGAAGGUCGGAGCACUAUCAUUUCAAAAUACGGAUUCAGUCCGGUAGGAACCAACUUUCAGCCUGGGUCUACAUGAAAAUGUAUAUCAAUAGCACUGAAAAUUCUGGACAGUGUCAAUAACCGAAUUCACUGUGAUUUAUAAA